AUGAUGUGCGAGGUGAUGCCCACCAUCAGCGAGGACACAGCGCUGAGCCAGCGCGGCUCUCAGAGCAGCUCCUCGGACCCGGACUCUCACUUUGAGCAGCUGAUGGUCAACAUGCUGGACGAGAGGGACCGACUGCUGGACACGCUGAGGGAGACCCAGGAAAGCCUCGGACUGGCCCAGCAGCACCUGCAGGAUGUCAUCUAUGACCGUGACUCACUGCAGCGCCAGCUCAGCUCCGCCCUGCCACAGGAUAUUGAACACCUGACUGCCUGUGUGGCGGGGGGAAAGCGGGCCAGACCGCCGGAGUUUGCUGCGCUGACCAAGGAGCUCAACGCCUGCAGGGAGCAGCUGCUGGAGAAGGAGGAGGAGAUCUCUGAGCUCAAAGCUGAAAGGAACAACACCAGGCUACUGCUGGAACAUCUGGAGUGCCUGGUGUCCAGACAUGAACGGUCACUUCGUAUGACAGUGGUCAAACGACAGGCUCAGUCUCCCUCGGGAGUCUCCAGCGAAGUUGAGGUCCUCAAAGCACUCAAGUCCUUGUUUGAACACCACAAAGCCCUAGAUGAGAAGGUAAGAGAGAGACUACGGGUGUCACUGGAAAGGGUGUCUGCCUUGGAGGAGGAGCUGACAGCAGCCAAUCAGGAGAUUGUGGCCUUACGGGAACAGAAUGCUCACAUCCAGAGGAAAGUGGCGUCCGGAGAUGGGGAGGACAUACUGGAGGGUAGUGAAACUCAACAAAAAGUCCACAGCAAGCGUCUGUCCAAUGGCUCCCUGGAGUCGGCCCACGAUGCGAGCCAGGUGGUGGAGCUGCAAGACCUGCUGGAGAAGCAGAACUAUGAGCUGGCCCAGAUGAAGGAGCGCAUGUCCUCCCUCUCCUCCCGGGUCUCCGAGGUGGAGCAGGAGCUGGAAACCGCACGCAAGGACCUCAUCAAGUCAGAGGAGAUGAACAACAAGUACCAGAGGGACAUCAAAGAGGCGAUGUGUCAGAAGGAAGACAUGGAGGAACGGAUCGUCACUUUGGAGAAACGCUACCUGAGCGCCCAGCGAGAGUCCACCUCGGUUCAUGACAUCAAUGACAAACUGGAGAACGAGUUGGCUAAUAAAGAGGCAUUCCUCAGACAGAUGGAAGAGAAGAACAGGCAGCUACAGGAGAGGCUGGAGCUUGCAGAGCAGAAGCUUCAGCAGACCAUGAGGAAAGCCGAGACGCUGCCGGAGGUGGAGGCUGAACUGGCCCAGAGGAUAGCAGCCCUCACUAAGGCGGAGGAGCGUCACGGAAGCAUUGAGGAGCGAAUGAGGCACUUGGAAUGCCAGCUGGAGGAGAAGAACCAGGAGCUGCUACGGGCUCGACAGAGAGAAAAGAUGAACGAGGAACACAACAAGCGUCUCUCUGACACGGUGGACAGGCUCCUCACAGAGUCCAACGAGCGUCUUCAGCUCCACCUGAAGGAACGAAUGGCAGCUCUAGAAGAGAAGAAUGUGUUAAUUCAAGACUCAGACGGUUACAGGAAACAGUACGAGGAGUCAAUACACGAAAAGACGCAGCUGGCAGAGGAGAUAGAUAAACUGAGAUCAGAGCUGGACCAGUUUAGAUUGAGGGCAGGCUCCCUCACAGAACCCACCCUGUCAAGGUCUCAUCUGGACACAUCAGCCGAGCUUCGAUUCUCGUUGGGAUCUCUGGCUGAAACCCAGUCAGACCACUACCGCUCAGCCAAGGUCAUCCGCCGGCCAAGAAGAGGUCGAAUGGGUCUGCGGGAAACCAAGGCUAAGUCACUGGGGGAGCAUGAAUGGCGUUCGCAGCAGCUCGGGGUUCUGGGAGGCCAUCACUUCGAGAGCGACACAGAGAUGUCAGACAUCGAUGAUGAUGACAGGGAAACAUUGUUUAGCUCCAUGGACCUCCUCUCACCCAGCGGCCACUCUGAUGCACAAACCUUGGCCAUGAUGUUGCAAGAGCAGCUGGACGCCAUCAACAAGGAGAUUCGGCUGAUACAGGAGGAGAAGGAGUCGACGGAGCUAAGGGCGGAGGAGAUUGAGAACCGGGUGGCCAGCGUCAGCCUCGAAGGCCUCAACCUGGCCCGUAUGCACCACGGAGCCUCCAUCACUGCCUCAGCCACCGCUUCCUCCCUUGCGUCCUCCUCUCCACCCAGCGGACACUCCACCCCUAAACUUGACCCUCGAAGCCCCGCUCGUGACAUGGAGCGGAUGGGGGUCAUGACACUGCCCAGUGAUCUGAGGAAACAUAGGAGAAAGAUAGCAGCGGUGGAAGAGGAUGGCCGCGAGGACAAGGCCACCAUAAAGUGUGAGACAUCGCCCCCUCCAACGCCACGCACCGUCCGAAUGACACACACACUGCCAGCCUCCUCGCACAAUGAUGCACGAGGGAUCGUGGCCUCUCUGGAGGCUGAGGCCAGCGCCCUGAGUAGUGUAGCCAGCAGCCAAGACUCCCUCCACAAGCAACCGAAGAAGAAAGGCAUCAAAUCCUCCAUCGGGCGACUUUUCGGCAAGAAGGAGAAAGGCCGAAUGGGACAUCUAGCCACCAUGAUGGACGCUGACAUGGCAGGCCAGGAAAUGGGUGUAGGCAAGCUGGGAACUCAGGCUGAGAAGGACCGCAGAUUGAAAAAGAAACAUGAACUAUUGGAGGAAGCCAGGAGAAAGGGUUUACCUUUCGCUCAAUGGGACGGCCCCACGGUUGUAGCCUGGCUGGAGCUGUGGUUGGGAAUGCCGGCCUGGUACGUGGCAGCGUGCCGUGCCAACGUGAAGAGUGGAGCCAUAAUGUCAGCCCUAUCUGACACUGAGAUCCAGAGGGAGAUCGGUAUCAGUAACCCUCUUCACCGGCUCAAACUUCGCUUGGCCAUCCAGGAGAUGGUCUCCCUCACCAGCCCCUCUGCCCCGCCAACCUCCAGAACCGCGUCAGGCAAUGUAUGGGUGACCCAUGAGGAGAUGGAGACCAUGGCAGCCCCUUCCAAAGCGUCAGACUCUGAAGAGGGGAGCUGGGCGCAGACUCUAGCUUAUGGCGACAUGAACCAUGAGUGGAUAGGGAACGAGUGGCUGCCCAGUCUAGGACUACCUCAGUACCGCAGCUACUUCAUGGAGUGCCUGGUGGAUGCCCGCAUGCUGGACCACCUUACAAAGAAGGACCUGAGGGUGCACCUCAAGAUGGUAGACAGCUUCCACAGAACAAGUUUACAGUAUGGGAUCAUGUGUCUGAAGAAGCUCAACUAUGACAGAAAGGAACUGGAGCGACGCAGAGAGCAAAGCCAGCAUGAAAUGAGAGACGUUCUGGUGUGGAGUAAUGAGAGGGUCAUCCGUUGGGUGCAGAGUAUAGGCCUGCGGGACUAUGCCAACAUCCUGCUGGAGAGCGGGGUGCACGGAGCCUUGGUCGCUCUGGAUGAUAACUUUGACUACAGCAGCCUGGCGCUGCUCCUCCAAAUCCCCAACCAAAACACUCAGGCACGUCAGAUUCUGGAGCGAGAGUAUAAUAAUUUGCUGGCGCUGGGCACUGACAGGAGACUGGAUGAGUGUGAUGACAAAGACUUCAGAGGUCCAUCGUGGAGGAGGCAGUUCCCACCCCGGGACGUGCACGGUAUCAGUAUGAUGCCCGGAUCAGCAGAGACUCUCCCUGCUGGAUUCCGUCUCACUGCGUCUGGUCACUCCCGAAGACUGCCCCCUGAGGUUGGACCCUCUGCGGUGCAGCGGCUGGACAGCUCCACGGUGAGAACCUAUUCCUGCUGA